AUGGUAUCUACCCGCCAUCUUUUGGCCCUGUUCCUCGCCACGGUUGCCGCGUACGCAGCACCCACGCGAAGCCAGCAAGGAAGCUGCCUAUCAGCAGAGGCCGCCGGAGCAGUUGCAACAAAGUACGGCGAGUUGAUCUCUGCCUACAGCGAUGCAGCCGCCGAUGCAAUUCUGUCGCCGAGCUUUACGGAUUACUCGGGAGGCGUCAAUGCUCUAAUCAACACUUGCCCACAAGGCGAAGCCGCAAAGACAUUACCUCUUCUCUCGCCAACAUUCACCAGUCGAGACCUUUUCAAGAUCGGCCAAGGCCAGCAACCACCCAUCAACUUUGAGCAGCUCGGCAUCUGGUAUAACUGCAAUUCUGUUACUAUUCGAUGGAGUUCGACCAACACCGCCCCGGGGAACGAUGUCAAGCCUAUUGUGGGGCUCAUCGUGAUGGAGACCAUCGAGGCGCCUGCUGGCAGCGCCAACCCCUAUCUCAUCGACACUGUCUUCAGCGAGUUCGACUCCGGCAGUUGGCUCCAAAAUUUGGCGGCUGCAGGAAUCUGUGGGUCGAUGAGUCCUGUUGUUGGUGCUCCUACGUCGGCUUCUGGGCCAGCUGAAGCACCCAUUGCAUCCGCAUCCGCUGUCUCAGCUGCCCGACCAUUCUCUGAGAUUCAGCCACAGGGGCAAAAGGUCUCUGAGACAAUGACAGCUUCUCGUUUCAGAGCAUAA